AUCAGCAUCAUGGCGGCCGAUACAGAAGGCAUGCAGAAGAUGUUACCAGAAGUUCACCCGCCACGUAAAGCACCAAGGCGUUCUAUGUGUUCUUGUAGCAGUUACAGUAUAUUUAAGCUCCUACUGUUUCUGUACACCUUGAUAUUUUUGUUUGUUGGUUUGUUUUUACUGGGUACUGGUAUACUGGUGGAAAUUAGUCGUCAAGAUUAUCAUGCGUUAAACAAAAACUUGGCAUUACCAGUAGCUUUACUAAUAUUAGUUGGUCUUAUUAUAACGAUAAAUGCUGUAUGUGGAUUGGUUGGCACCAUUACAGAGAACCCAACUCUACUUAAAGUGUUUUUGGGUAUUACAAUAUUGGCAUUCCUGAUACAAGUAACAAUUGGUAUUGUGGCUUUUGUUUACAGAGAACAGGUUCCUGGGAUUCUCAAUUCUCAUCUGAUGUUUGGUGUUGAAGAAUAUACUAACAACAGUGGAAUAAGACUAGCCAUGGACUCGAUACAGAAAAAGUUCCAUUGUUGUGGUUUCAAGAGCUAUUUAGACUACAGUUUGUAUAAUGACGAUUUUAAUUGUGUAUCAGAGAAACCCCAGUCAUGUGGUGUACCAAGUUCAUGUUGUAUAGAAGGCCUGAAAAGAGAACCAGCUGAGAACUGUGGAUAUGGUAUUAUAGGUAAUGGAACUAUUAGUGAGAAAGUAUUUAUGGAUGGUUGUACAAAUAUGUUUCUCACUUGGUUGGCUGCUAAUCUUGAUCAUGUUGGCGCUUCUGCUUUAGGUUUUGCCAUUCCUCAGAUUAUUGGAAUACUGAUAGCUUAUUUCUUUUUACGGAAAGUUGUGGAACUAAGAGUUUGGUAUCGUGUGGAGAAUAUGAGAACUUGAUUGACAAUUGAUUACAUUUUCUACACUAUAUAAGCUUAAUGCACAGAUUUAACAGCUUACACAGUUUUAUUAACAUAUAUCACAUCUAGUGUUAAAACUGAUAUAAACAAUCUGGAUUUUAUUUAAUAUUUUAAUACCUGUAUGCAUAUGACAAGAUCCAAAAGUAGACAUCGGCUGUUAGUAUUUUUGAUGAAUAAAAUUAAUAUAAUCUACAUGUAUUACUCAAAUGUUGUUUUUGAGAAAAAAUCUUAUUUCAAAAUUUGAUUUUGAAAAUGGCCAUUAUUAAAUGGUAUAAAUAUAUACUAUAUAGCAUGUUUAGAUAUAUAAUAAUGAUAUAUAUUGUGUUGGUAAUCUGCUAUAAUAUACCAGGUGCUAUAUAGUUAUAAUAAUCAUUCUAGAUCAAUAAUAGAGUUUCCAUAUAGUAGUAGUGGUAUUAUAUUAUAUUUAUAAGAGAGGAGGAAAUAACAUUGAUCUUACUGAUAGAUUUAUUUAGAAAAUUAUAUUAAAUUCUCUGUCUAAAAUUUAUUUAAUGCUGUGAGAAUAUUGGUGUGACAAAAAUUAACAUCAUGUGGGCAGAAUUACAGACUUUUAGUAGAAGGUUAACAUUCUGAGAUUCAAAAGAAACAGCACACACUUAAGGACUAUAUGGAAGCCAGCCAUAUAUAGAUGUAUUUAUUAUGUUAGUUUUAGUAAAUCAAUCUACCAUUCUACUGGUAUGUUUGAUAUCACUUACUAUAUUAAACUUGUAAUUAUGCAAAUUAGAAUUAAUGAUAAGGUGUUAUGCAUAAUAUUUCGUCAGGCUUGAUACAUAUUUUUGUUUUGAUUGUUUAAAGAGAACUGGUUGGUUUCAUGCAUUAUACAUGUACAUUUGUGUUGAAUGUGGAUACUGGAAUUUUGAAAAGGACAUAGAAAGAGUUUGCACAUUUGUAAGUGUGCAUGGUUUAUGAUAUAGUAACUUAGCCCAGUCAGAGCAGAACAGUAGGACGUUAAACACCCAUUUCAUUUCGAUAUAGUAACUUAUUGGCAGAUAGAAAUACUUAUUGUUCACCAACUUCACACCUGGGAUCUGCCCAAUGAUGUUUUGUUACAUUAAAUAUGUUUUAUUUUGUUUGAAAGCCAAUACCAGUAUUCACAUUCUGUACGCAUUGUGCAGUUUUCCAGUCUUCGCUAUUUUUGUUAGUAUUUUAUUGUCGAGGUUUAGAUUUUGCAAUUCCAUUUUUUUUCUUCCUGAAUAAGGCACAAAAUAAGAAAAAAGAAGAUGUUUAGAUUAAACAAGACAAAAUAAUUAUAUUAGUAAUAUUUUUCAUUUGAUGGCCAAAGGUUUUUAUUUUAUUUUGAAUUUAUUUUUGGUGCUACGUACAUGACUGCAACUUUUAGACAGUAUUUUCUGAAUAUAUUUUACUGCUUUUGUAUUUUUUGUUAUUAUUACACGAUGAUUAUUUAUUGUUCAUAAUUUCUAUGCGUUCAGUCAGACAUUUUAUUUUUGGCUUUUUGAUAUUAAGUAGGAACAUGUACAUUCCUUAUUUAUAUAAAAGAGAUAAGGUCAGUUUUUGUAAACUUAAUGGGGUGGGUGUCUUGCACAGUGUCAUGUUUUGGUGGUUUUGGUCCAGGGCUUAUAGGUGAUGCUGAAUCAGAUUGCCUGCAUAACCUCAUUAGUGUUUUCAAAUUUCCUUCCACUACUUAACUUAUUGAAACAAACUUAAUUAAUUCCUCUCUGUUAUUGCAGAAACUUUUUCUGUAAAAAGACACAUGCUUCUGUUAAGUACCUCAGGAUGUUUAGAUUUAAAAACAGGUUUUAUAUUCAAACUGUUGAUAUCCCACCAUCUUCAAUUUUAAAAAAUUUGACAUUAUCUCUUUCAAUAUUAGUAAAAUAAAAGUGCUAAAUGUUUUAUACACUAUUUAAUUUGAGUUUUUCUGUUAUUUAUCUUGUAUAAUUUCUGGUAGAUAUGAUAUAGAUAGCGUAUGUACAGAAAUAGUACUUGUGUUUAUUUUCAGUGAAGAAACUGAGCAUCGAAAUAUGGUUUGUUUGUAGUGAUACAAUAUAUAUAGUUGCAUAAUAUUUGAUGGUUCUAUAAAACAUUUGUGCUGAUAUGGUUAAAAAGAAUCUCUAGUUAUAUAUAUAUGGUUAUAUUAUUAUAAGUAUGGACAGUUAGUUUGUUGUGAUGUUGUGUGAUAUAGAUUUGUUGUCUUGUAUUGUCUAUAUAAAUAUGUGUUAUGUUUAAUGUCCUUAAGCUGUAUUCCUAUAUUUACAAAUGUCUUUAGGAAUUUCGAAUGCGUCCAUAAUCCUACCUUUACUGAACAACAAUAAAAAUAAUAGUCUGAUUUUCUGUGAGUUAUAUGAAAAGCAAACUAGAUUAUUCUUAUAUGAAAAAAGAAUUCUUCAUUUGUUUGUUUAUUGUAUGAUAAUAAUUACACCACUGGUAAAGGGUAUGGAUUGGAAUACAGCUUUAUUGUAGAAAAUGGUGUGGUUUUUGUUACUAGUGUAAACUGUGAUUUCCACAAAAUUAUCUGCAAAACUUCCACGUUUCUUUGCAAUUAAAUUCAGUUAAUUUAUUGUCUGUUGACUUCAUAUUAGUAUUUGUAGUUUUGUUGCUAGUAAAAAAAUAUUCCAUGUGUUUUUCAAAAUACUAGUCAUUAUUAUCCAUCAUUAGUGUUUAUAAUAAUGUUGCUUCAUUUUUCUUCCUUAACAUAUACCUCACUUUGUGUGUAAAUGUAGGCACUUAGAAUAAUAUCCUGCCUUUUAUUAUACAUAUGUUGUUUUUCCUUAAUGUAAUUUUAACCAAUUAUAGCAAUACAAAACAUAGCAAAAUAUGGAAUAUGGUUUCUGUAAUUUAUAAGAAUAUUACCAAAAUGUAAAAAUCCAAUCUGAUUUUAAAACAGAUCUUUAUACAGUUGGAGAUAUAAUUUUCCAUUGAAUAUGGAUUAGAUUUAGAUACCAAGAGAUAACAAAUUUACUGACUUAUUGCAUUCCUUAAAUUAAAUGUAAUUAAUCUGCAGUGGCCCCAGUAAUAAAUCACCUAUUGUGUAAAGAAAUUACCUGUACAUGUAUGUAUUGGUGUCUGUGAGACAAGGGUCCAAAUAAGAAACCAGCCAUUUGUAUGUACUGAAUUAUGCACAGUAAUAGAUCUACAAUGUUGUCAUCCAUAUGUUCAGAAUAACAAUUAUCUCAUUUAUAAUACUCUUUACUCAAUAUAUUUUGCAUAAAUAUUUUUAAUUAUUUUGUUAAAUUUGUAUCUUCAUAUUGUCAGCUUUUAGUUAUGCUGUUUAACUAAUAAAAUAUUUUGUUCAAUUA